AUGUCAUCAAAUAAUAAACCUGUUGAUCCAAAACUACAACAACUCUUUCCUUUACCAAGCGGUUUGCGUGCGAAUGUUAGAAAAACUGAUGUUGUUAUACAAGCACAUCGUACUGAACAAGACUAUUUUGAAUCUGAUGAUCUUGAUGAUGAAUCACACCGUAAAACGAAGGCAGCUGCUGCUAAAAAAUUAAAUGACGAUUUAGAUUAUCUACCUGCACCAGGCAGUCCCAGUUAUCAAGCAGAACAAAAAGAAGAAGAGGAAGAUGACGAGGAGGACGAUCCACUUGAACAAUUUAUGAAAGCAAAUAAUAAUCAAGCUAAAAAAGAUUUAGAAGCAGUUGGCAAGAAAAAAGAAAAGAAACAAGAAAAAGGAGUACGCGAAGAUAUUGACAAAGAAGAUGAUCAGGAAUCAUAUUUUCGUUGGCUUGAAGAAAAUCCAAAUGCUGGUUUACCAAUCGGAGAUGACGAUGACGAAGAUCGGGAAUUACAAUAUGAUGAUGAUGGUAAUUUAAUUGCUCCGGAGAAAUCAAAACAUAUUGAUCCUCUUCCUCCUAUUGAUCAUUCUACAAUUCAAUAUGCACCGUUCGAAAAGAAUUUUUAUGUUGAACAUGAAGAUAUUCGUAAUCUAUCGAAUCAACAAGUCAACGAUUUAAGACAUAAGCUUGGUGUUAACGUUCGUGGUGCAAAUAUUCCUAGUCCAGUGGUUAGUUUUGCUCAUUUUGGCUUCGACGAACGUUUGAUGAAAACACUCCGUAAAUCUGAAUUCGCGACACCGACACCUAUUCAAACACAAGCCAUUCCAAGUGCAUUAAGUGGACGUGAUAUAAUUGGUAUUGCUAAAACUGGUAGUGGAAAAACUGCUGCAUUUGUUUGGCCAGCUAUUGUUCAUAUUAUGGCUCAAGAUCAACUUCAAGUAGAUGAUGGUCCAAUUGUUUUAAUUUGCGCACCAACACGUGAAUUAGCUCAACAGAUUCAUCUCGAAUGUAAAAAAUAUGGAAAACCGUAUAAUAUAAAUUCGGCAUGCGCAUUUGGUGGUGGAAAUAUGCAUGAACAAAUAGUGGCUUGUAAAGAAGGAUGCGAAAUACUUGUUUGUACACCUGGCCGCCUGAUUGAUUUAGUUAAAAAGAAAGGUACAAAUUUAAAUCGUGUUACAUAUCUAGUUUUCGAUGAAGCUGAUCGAAUGUUUGAUAUGGGUUUUGAACCACAAGUUCGUUCGAUUGCUGAUCACGUACGACCUGAUCGACAGUGUUUAUUGUUUAGUGCAACAUUUAAGAAAAAAGUUGAAAGAUUAGCACGAGAUAUUCUUACCGAUCCUGUUCGUAUUGUUCAAGGUGAAGUUGGUGAAGCUAAUCAAGAUAUUCUUCAAAUAGUUCAGAUUAUGCAAAAUGGUUCAAGCAAAUGGGCAUGGCUUUUAUCUAAAUUGGUUGAAUUUACUGUGUUAGGAAAAGUUCUCAUUUUCGUCACACGAAAAGAUAAUUGUGCAGAAUUAGCAAAAAAUCUUAAAGAAAAUGGUUUCACUGCUGGUCUUAUACAUGGUGAUAUGGCACAAUUCGAUCGUACACAAGUCAUCAAUGAAUUUAAAAAACGAGAUGUACCAAUUUUAGUUGCUACCGAUGUAGCUGCACGUGGUCUUGAUAUACCGUCAAUACGAACGGUAGUUAAUUAUGAUGUCGCACGUGAUAUUGAUACACAUACGCAUCGAAUUGGUCGAACAGGACGCGCUGGUGAAAAAGGAACAGCCUAUACAUUGUUAACACCAGCAGAUAAAGAAUUCGCACCAAAUCUUGUGAGAAAUUUAGAAAAUGCAAAUCAAGUUGUUUCGGAUGACUUAUUCAAUAUGGCUAUGCAAAUUAGCCAUUUUGCUAAUACUCGAAGUCGACAUGGUGGUGGUGGUGGUGGUGGUGGAAAACAUUUUGCUCUUGGAAAUCGUGUACAACGAGAACGACCUGGCUUUGGUUCACAUAGUGGAUCAUCAUCAUCAACAUCGGUAGCUGUUGUUGACUCUUCCAAUCCUUUUGAUUACAAUGGGCCAUCAACGAAAAACACACCUGCAAUUGGCCCUAUGACAGAUUGGCGUGGAGGUUCGGCGGCAACCUCUGGUACAAGUAGAAAUUCAGCUAUGAAAGCAGCAUUUCAAUCUCAAUUCAAAUCAAGUUUUGUCGCAGCGACAGAUACUGGCCUUAAAAAUCAUUCAGUAGCUGUGCCUAGUUCGGUAACACAAAAGCGAGCUGGACAGGCAAAUAAGUCUGAUUCAACAGCAACAACAAAACGAAGUCGAUUUAGUGAUUAA